AUGGAGCCACCGUUUCCGACUGAUGUUCAAGAGUUUGAUGCGGACGACCGUAUUUCCUUCUCCAGGCUCGACAACAAAUUCAUUGCUGUCCAAGAUGACGGCACCGAACUCGAGUUCCACCAAGAGCUGAAGCGUUGGCUUCCUCAUGAACACGGCGACAUUGAACAGCAGCCGCAUGACAGCUUUCCCGAUCAAGAGCCCACCGUCGGCGCGAGAACAAGGCAGCAUGAGGCAGACGACGGGUCAGAGCGUGGUGAUCAACUUCAGCCGACGCGACCGAGCAAGAAGCAAAAGCUGGCGCCGCAGCCCAAACAAAACACGGCCGUCUACGUUACCGGGCUACCUCUCGACGCCACCGCGUCGGAAGUUUACGAACUCUUUUCCCGCAAAGCAGGUGUGAUUGCAGAGGAAAUCGACAGUGGCGCCCCAAGAAUCAAGCUCUACACGGACGAAUCCGGCAACUUCAAGGGAGACGCGUUAGUCGUCUUCUUCAAACCCCAAAGCGUAGACAUGGCCAUCAUGCUGUUGGACGACACGGAUUUUCGCACGACGUCUACAGGCACGCGAGAGGGCAGGAUCCGAGUACAAGCGGCGGAUUCGACCUACAAAAAGACGCAGUAUGACAAGAAUGGGGCGGCCGCUCCGGAAGACAGCAAUGGCGGGCACGAGGGAGAGAAGAGGCAACGAAACAAUCGGGAUCGCCAGAAAAUAAUCAAAAAGACGCAGAAGUUGGAUGCGAAACUGGCCGAUUGGGACGAUGAUGAGCCGUAUCCGUCCAUUGCACAGUCGACUGCCAAGAAGAACAAGACGGUCAUCCUGCGCCACAUGUUUACGCUCGAGGAGCUUGAGGAGGACCCAGCCGCAUUGUUGGAGAUCAAGGAGGAUAUUCGAGACGAGUGUUCCAAAUUGGGUACGGUCACGAGUGUUGUCUUGUACGAUGAAGAGCCAGACGGCAUUGUGUCAGUGCGGUUCAAGGAGACGAGCUCGGCAAUGGCGUGUAUUCAGCUGAUGCACGGCCGAAGCUUCGACGGACGAGUGGUGGAAGCAUUCAUCAAAACCGGGAAAGAGAAAUACAGGAAAUCCAACAAGGAUGCUAGCAACGAUGCUGAUUCAGACUAA